AUGGUUCCGAUGUGCUACUCCUGGUGGCGGGAAGUCAUGUGGGCCUGCUGGUUCGUCAGCGAUUUUUAUGACGUCAACCCUCUACCGUGGACAGACUGUUACUACCCACACCAGAAAGAAGAGGCCUCGGACACGUCUUCCUGUGGCUCCACGCUAACCGGUGACGAGGGAAGUUUUAGUACACCGAACUAUCCUGGCAGCUACGGCAGCAACCUGUGGUGCACCUGGACUAUCAUCGCCAACGCCACCGAGUCCAUUACCGUGACUUUCGACAGUUUCGAUGUGGAGUUCCAGCAGAACUGUGACUAUGACUAUGUCCAGCUGUAUGAAGGGAGUCCAGAAAACAACCGUACUCUAGUGCUGAGAGUUCGUACUCGCACUGCUACGAAACAGCUCUACAGCUUCAACCCUCACAUGCUGGACACUCCCAAAGCACAUGUGGAAUCCUUCAAGGGCAGCCUGCAGUAUCAAGGGCCUGUACAGUGGAACUGUCUUGCUGCUGACCAGCGGCAACUGGCAGCAACCGAAGGCUUUGGAGAACUUCUGAUCAAAUACUUCAACGCCACCUUCUCAGCCAUACCAAGAGCUUGUGAAGCGAUUCCAUCUGUGGUGGAGGAGAGACGAGUCUGCCCGCGCUCGUUUACCAAGACGGCGUUUCCCAACUUCUUACGACACAACAACGCUUCGGAACUGGAGGAAGCUGGAAACCUAGAAGAUGCGAGCGCUCUUAAGGGAAGUUCGUGCCAUGAUCAGAUUCGUGAGUUCACGUGCUACAAUCUUCUCCCGGAGUGCUUGUCUGACGAGCUCACACGCCACCCCUGCCGGUCAUGGUGUGCAGAGGUCCGUGCAGCCUGUACGGACGAACCACUGCUGGAGAUCAUUCCUCCCUGUAAACACUUUCCAGACGACAACUGCGAAUAUGGAGAUGUGAACGACGUCGCUUUCUGUGAUGACCGCGUACGCUCCAGAAGUAUCCGUGUCAAGCCCAUACGACCCAGGUACUGGCCAGGAGAGACGGUAACGUACAUGUGUGAGACAGGCUACACACUGAGUGGAGCGUCCAUGGCCGAGUGCAAUCAAGACGGAGUUUGGGAUGUUGAUCCUCCAGAGUGUAUAGAAAACAAACGUACUCAGCUGCUGAUUGACAAGUUCAACCGGUCUGUCUACAGUGCAGACCUGCCGCCUACCGACACGGGAGUGCACAUCACCUUAGCUGGAGCCAUCAACGCCGUCAUAAGCCUGCACUGGUAUGACCCCAGACUAUCCUGGACACCGUCUUCGUACGAUGACCUGGAGAGUAUGACUUUGCCCCACAUCAAAGUGUGGACGCCACUAAUGUCCCUGGCAGGAAGCGCUGACAAAGACUUCGCAGGUCUUCCCGAGGUGGACGUGACAGUCAAUCAUGAUGGAGAAGUCAUCUGGGCAUUUGAAACGCUGCUGGAGACACGGUGCGACUUGAACCACUUCCUCUUCCCGUUCGACAACAUGACGUGCCCGGUGUGUCUGUACGUGAGAAGCACGUCUGGCGAGGAGCUGCGAUGUCCAACCGGGAACAGCAGCAGACAUCAUCAACAACAUCAUCAGUUUGACGUUAUGGACUGUGAGCAAGAGGUGACUUCCGUGUCAGGAGAGUGGUACACAACAUACAGCAUGGCCGUGGACAGCCAGAAGGGAUGCUUGGACAUCUACCUUAAAAGGAGCCCCGUUCAGCACAUGUGCACAACAGUAGCGCCAGGGGUCAUCCUCUCUCUUCUCUUCUGUAUCAUCUUCUUCAUCCCCAUUGACAAUGGCGACAGGCUGUCCUUCGGCAUGGCCAUCCUCUUGUCCAUGUUCGUCACCUUACUCGUCAUCUCUGAAGUCUUACCCAGGUCCAGCGAGAUUCCAUUCUUUGGUAUUCUGAACAUUGUGGCCAUCGUGUUGAUGGGUUUCUUCAUGCUGGUCACAACUGUUCUCAUCAAUCUUCACGCGAGAGAUGGCGAGAUUCCCGCCUGGAUGAGGAGCUUCUUCCUACGAGGCUGUUCACGAAUUCUUCUGCUUGGAGAUCUCACCAAGCAGUCUGAGACUGAUGUUGACGAAGAGAAAGCAAACGUCCCGCAUGACAGCCAAACCAACGAAAGCGACCUGGAGGCAGACGCCCUGAAGGACCAGGAUACCGGUAUGCCGUACAGGGAACCCUCCACCGCCCAUGUUGCCGGCGCAUCUUACCGCACCAGGCCACAGCCGACUGCGGUUCUGCAGGGGCAAACUGUGACGCUGUCGUGCGCGUUCGACGGGCUGGCGGAAGACGACAUAGUGUUCUGGGAGGGCGGAGUUGACGAUAGGACCAUCGCGUUUGGCCGAACUGUCCCCAAGGUCUACAGACGGCACAGGAUCACGGGAGACGCCUCCCGCGGGGAGUACAACUUGGAGAUCACGGGGGUAAAACUGGAGGAUGACGGGAAAUACAGCUGCUACACGGACCCAAAGUCUGCAGCUGACGCCAUCUUAACUGUUGUAGUUCCCAUGACGGGACCCCCCGCAGUGAAGGGAGGCGAACUUCCGCUGACGUCAGGUGAUCAGCUGUCUCUCACCUGCCGAGCGUCAGGUGGGCACCCCGCGCCGCGACUCACCUGGCUCAACGGGACACACCGCUUCAGAGAUGCCAGCGUGUCGACUGAAGACCAGAGCCUGGAGCUGUUUUUGCCGCGGGUGACGAAAUGGGAUCACGGCGCCAACUUCACCUGCCGGGCCGACCAGGGCUUCCCCCAACUCGCCAGGCCCAAAGCCUCCUCCAGGAUACUCAGGGUCAAGUACCCCCCGGCGGUGUCGGUGCCCAGUCCGUCCGUCCACGUGAGAGAGGGCGAGCCGGCCAGUCUCAGCUGUAUGGUGGACAGCAACCCUAAAGCCACUGUAACAUGGCGGAAAGUCGGAGGCGCCAUCCCGAUACUCAACAUGAUGAGGGACCACGUGCUGCACCUGCCGAAGGUGUCCCGGCAUGACGGCGGACUGUACCAUUGUGACGCCAACAACGGGGUCCUCCCAAAGGGAACCGGGACUGUCACCCUACAGGUCUACUACCCUCCUGUGAUAGAGGCUACUAUGGAGGACCAGGUGACGAUGCUGUACGGACAGGACGAUCAGUCUCUGCAGUGUCUCGCUGACGGGAACCCCAAACCUCACAUCCGCUGGCGGCGGAAGGAUACAAGUCUGUACUGGGACAACCCACUCCGCUUCCACCGGGUGCGUUACGACGUGCAGGGCACGUAUCAAUGCGUGGCUGCCAGCGACGGCUUCCAGGAAGUCACCAAGGACGUCUACGUGGACGUCGUAGGUAAGCCAUCCAUCCAGCGGGGCCAGUCAGCGGUGACGGUGGCCGCGGGAAACACCGCGAGAUUUCACUGCGAGAUUCUCGCGGACCCGCUGCCGGGCCGAGUCAGCUGGUUCCGGCAGAGCAUGCGCAGUAGGGGCGAGGAAACCGUUGUCAUGGCGACAGAAGUGGGCGUGUCAAUCACUGAGAAUCCAGUGGAUGACGGGACUUCCAGCACCCUCCUCCUGAAGGAUGUCGGGAAAUCUCAGGAAGGGACGUACAUCUGUCAGGCUGCCAACAUGUUCGGGGAGGCUCGGAGGGAGAUCCGACUGCAGGUUUUUGACAACAGUGGAUCACUGGUCAUCAUCUGCGUCUCCAUGGCGACGGCUGGCCUGGGCAUUUUGGCGGGAAUUCUCGUCUGCGUUGCGGUGAAGAAGCGGUGGAUCUGCAGGGAAAAGAAGCGAGCCCCGCCCCCGUUGCCCUCGGCCCGCUCGCUGGCUGCUGUGCCCUCGGGCCGCUCCGUAUCUGCUGUGCCGAAGCCCGGGAAGAGGCUGGGCCAUGGUACGAACGACUCCGGUGUGGAGGACCUGGAACUGCAGGAGUUGGACGGGACCCUGAAGCCACGUCCGCCGCCUCGGGGGGACAAACAGUGGACAAACGUCGGACUCUCCUACUCUGUGACCGGAGCAUCUUUCCGAGAGCGUCCGGAGUCGGCUGCCGUCCUUCGCGGCCAGACUGCGGUCAUGAAGUGCGCUUUCAGCGGGCUGGCUGAGGACGAUGCAGUCGUAUGGCAGGGGGGACCUGACGACAAAACAAUAUCAUAUGGAAGAAACGUCCUGAAGGCCUACAGACGACACAAAAUUGUAGGCGAUAGUUCAAAGGGAGAGUUCAACUUAGAAAUCAGGAAUGUGCUGCUAAAGGAUGACGGGAAGUAUAGCUGCUAUACCCAUCCGGAUGACACUGCAGAUGCCACAUUGACUGUGGUCGACCCCCCGGCGGUGUCGGUGCCCAGUCCGUCCGUCCACGUGAGAGAGGGCGAGCCGGCCAGUCUCAGCUGUAUGGUGGACAGCAACCCUAAGGCCACCGUAACAUGGCGGAAACUGGGGGACAGCCUUCGCUCAUUCAACAUGCCCAGGGACCACGUGUUGCACCUGCCCAAGGCGUCCCGGCAUGACGGCGGACUGUACCAUUGUGAAGCGGAUAACGGGGUCCCUCCGGUGGGGCUCGGAACUAUCACCCUGCAAGUCUACUACCCGCCCGAGAUAGACUCGUCCAUGGAGGACCAGGUGACGAUGCAGUUCGGGCAAGACGACCGCUUCCUCCAAUGUCUCGCCGACGGGAACCCGAAACCUCACAUCCGCUGGCGGCGGAAGGAUACAAGUCUGUACUGGGACAACCCACUCCGCUUCCACCGGGUGCGUUACGACGUGCAGGGCACGUAUCAAUGCGUGGCUGCCAGCGACGGAUUCCGGGAAGUCACCAAGGACGUCUACGUGGACGUCGUAGGCAAGCCGUCCAUUCACAGCGGUCUGGCAGCAGUCACCGUGGCGCAAGGAGGUAACGCGAGACUUCACUGCGAGAUUCUCGGCGACCCCCUGCCUAGUCACGUGACCUGGUUCUGGCGGAACAAGCACUCGGCUGAGAUCGUUGUCAUGGCGACAGACGGAGGCAUGUCUAUCGUCGAAAAGGCGACCGAUGACGGGACUUCCAGUACCCUCCUCCUGAAGGAUGUCGGGAAAUCUCAGGAAGGGACGUACAUCUGUCAGGCUGCCAACAUGUUCGGGGAGGCUCGGAGGGAGAUUCACCUGGAAGUUACAGGUUCUCACGGAUCUCUGGUCGCCAUCUCCGUCUCCAUGGCAACGGUUGUCCUGGGGAUUGUGGCGGCAGCUGUCGUCUGCGUGGCCGUCAAGAAGCGAUGGGUCUGCGGGGACAGCAAGCAAGACCCGCCCCCGUUGCCCUCGGCCCGCUCGCUGGCUGCUGUGCCCUCGGGCCGCUCCGUAUCUGCUGUGCCGAAGCCCGGGAAGAGGCUGGGCCAUGGUACGAACGACUCCGGUGUGGAGGACCUGGAACUGCAGGAGUUGGACGGGACCCUGAAGCCACGUCCGCCGCCUCGGGGGGACAAACAGUGGACAAACGUCGGACUCUCCUACAGCCGACUGGCGCAUGCGCACGCCACCACCUUGCCUCCCUACACGACCGUGGAGCGGCACCGUCCGGACGGGGAGGACAUCCGCGCAUGCGCACGGGACGACAUCCCGGAGGAGGCCAUCGUGCCAGACCCAGAAUACACUGCGGUCGUUGUCGCACCCCCAACGGACAAGAGGCGGUGGAGCAGACAGGCGGCCUCUAGCGGCUCACGCGUGUCCUGCAGCGUGCGUGACAACGACAACCAGGCAGACAGCAUCUGA